AUAGCUAUGUGCAAUUCUACUUCUUCAUAUGAAGUAGCCUAUGCGUUUACUUACACUGUAAAAAGUGUCAAUUUUACGCUAAAACAUACCUGUAACUGGGUUGCCAGAACUUCAUCACAAUGACGUAUCGAUAUGUUAAGCAUACGGUUGCAGUCUGUUGCCUGGAGGUUGCCUAACAAAUGUUGACUGUAUGGUUCAUUGUAAAUAACACAAUUCCGGUUUACAUUUGAGCUGUUUAGAAUUAGAUUCCUUCGGUAGCCUACUUAACAGUUUUUUUUUCACUGAUAUUUUCUACGGCGUAGGCCAUGUGCUGUAAACCUAGACUGUGUUUAUCGUAGAUAUUUAUCUCUUUUAUGUACAAUGUUUUAGGACUUGUAUGAAAUAUAUCAAAAAUAUUAAUGAAUAUAACUAACGAUAAAGAGCUUUAUUUAUGGACAACGCCAGUUUUCCGGGUAGCUGCGUAGCCUACAUGACACGCAUGCGUCUUUUUUGGCGGGAUUAUGUUUCGCGGGAAAUAAUUUGUGAUACGGAACAGUGUAUCUGAUCGUGCAGCACUGCAUUGCUGCACAGAAUAACAAGGACGUCCUGCAUGUAAUUUUCUCCCGCCGGUGCCAUAAUAAUUCAUUCCGCGACAAACGCAAUGAGCAAGUGUGACUCAGCUUCCAGCCCAGCAGCUGGGACUGAUGGAGUUAGAAGUCCUGAGAAACCUCCUGGUCUCGGUGACCAUCUUCCUUGCAACAUAGAGAAUAAAAACGGAAUCACCAUUUCACCUACUUACAAUCGCUGCUGUUUUGGAGGUUAUGUUUCCAACACCAUGAACACCACGUUCAACACUGGUGGACCAGAGCCAGCUUCUCCCUCUACAGGUGUAGGGUUAGGGAUGAACAGAGGACAGGCUGCAAAACAUUCGUGCGCGCACACUGGUGUUGGAGAUGCUGAUGACGGUGACAGCAGCACGAGAAAGCGAAGAAGAGUGGACCCUGAUACCCUAGGAGCUAAAGAUGUGGCCUCCACAGAACCAGGCCAGGACAGCAGACAGGUGGCACCAGAGGACGGUAACAUGAAUCAGAAGUCCGUGAGAUUCGGCAGUUUUGAACAGCAUGGAUCAUCUCUGAGUGAACAAAAUGAGAAGACUCCAGACAAUCCUAUUCCGCCUCAAUGUCCAUGCAUAGAGAAAAGGGCACUGCCCUCCAGCACAAUUUCACAUUUUAAGCCUGCAAAGGCCUUGAAGUUUGACAUCCCAAAAGAAAAUCUACGAAUCAGCGAUGAAAUGGAAGAUCCGAUAGUGGGUGUGGCCAUGAGAAUAGUGGAAGACCGACACAGAGUCCGUGGAACGACAGAGAGAGGAAAGAAUGGCGAUGUGGUCAGCCCUGGGACUGCAGGGAGUGUGUCAGGGCAGAUUCGCGAUUGCCGCGGCUUGGUGCCUGAGGUGGAUGAUGGAGUGGAAAGGGUUGUGGGUGAGGUGUGA